UCCGGGGCGGGCGGGCGCGGAGAGCUGGUGGAAGAUGGCGGAGGGAGGGCGCGCGGAGCCGGAGGAGCCAGAGAGGGGGUCCUCGAGGCCCCGGCCCCCGAGUGCGCGGGACCUACAGUUGGCCUUGGCAGGACUGUACGAAGAGGAAGUGAAAUGCAAGUCUUCCAGGCCUGCCAGAUCUGCAGCUCCCGUCUUUAAGAGCCCACGGACACUGCCGCAACGGCUUUAUUCAGGUGAACAGGAAUGUGGUGGAGUACAUAUAGCUCAGCCUCCACCGGGGAACAUUGUGAAUGACCUUUUCAGAGAGGCAAGGGAGCAUGGGGCUGUCCCUCUAAGUGAAGCCACAAGAUCUUCAAGUGACGACAAAGCUAAGUCAUUUACAGGUGGAGGAUACAGAUUGGGCAGUUCCUUCUGUAAGCGGUCAGAGUAUAUCUAUGGAGAAAAUCAGCUGCAAGAUGUUCAGAUUUUACUGAAGCUGUGGAGCAAUGGUUUCAGUUUAGAUGAUGGAGAAUUGAGACCUUACAGUGACCCAACAAAUGCUCAGUUUUUGGAAUCCGUUAAGAGAGGAGAGAUUCCCCUGGAGCUUCAGAGACUGGUCCAUGGCAGCCAAGUGAAUCUGGAUAUGGAGGAUCAUCAAGACCAAGAGUACAUAAAACCCAGAUUGCGCUUCAAGGCUUUUAGUGGAGAAGGACAAAAACUUGGAAGCCUUACACCUGAAAUUGUCAGUACUCCUUCUUCUCCAGAGGAAGAGGACAAAUCAAUACUUAAUGCAGCUGUUCUUAUUGAUGAUUCUGUGCCAACCACAAAAGUUCAGAUUAGGUUGGCAGAUGGAAGUCGUCUGAUCCAGAGAUUCAACAGCACCCACCGGGUCCUGGAUGUCCGAGACUUCAUAAUACAGUCCCGUCCUGAGUUUGCAACAACAGACUUUAUUCUUGUGACUUCGUUUCCAAGUAAAGAGCUAACAGAUGAAAGUCAGACACUACAAGAAGCAGAUAUUCUUAAUACUGUGAUACUCCAACAGCUAAAAUAGUAUUGUUCCAACCCAUGUAGGAAUAGGUAAUGUUGUACACACUGGUAAAAUAUUUCCAGCAUAAAAACAACCAAAUUAUUUUUAUUAUUCAGAUAAAUCCUGUUUUUGCUGUUGAUCUAUCUUCCAGUAUUUGUCUAGAUAAAUUUAAACCACGGAUAGAUCUUUGAAUUUUUGAAUGUUUGAACUUUUAGUUGCAGGUCAGGCUUUUAGUGAUUGAUAGCUAUAAACAUCGAGGUCAGCAAUUUAUUACGUGCUCAGUGUUAAUGUAAUAAUGUUUUCAGAAGUGGAAAGAAUCUCUUUUGGUAAAUGCAUUUGGUAAAAUUUGCACUCAAGUUUUUUAAUGCACCAAUGACCAGUAACCAGUAAGGAUCCCUUUUUCUGUAAUAUAUGCCAGUGUCUGCUCUGAGUUUGAAAUUGUUUGAUCAUAAAGUAAUUAAGAUUUUACAUAUUGUUAAUUUUUACAUGUCAUUUGAACUAUGUUAGUAUCACUGAGUAUAUUUUGCCCUUGUAUUUUAUAAAAUUACAACUAAAUCUUAGUAGCUGUAAAGGUCAUCCGCUCCACUCUUGAGAAGAUGGGAUAAACAGAACUUUAAAGUCAAGACAUUGCAGUCCCAUCCGACCUGCCUUGAUCACAUUCAUUUUCAUCCAGCAUUUUAACAGGGAUCUGUUAAACUAGAAACAUUAUUGUUGGUGUGUAACACAGAAUGUGUUCUUCAACAUGUGAACUCAGUCUGAGAGGCUGGAGCAAAAACUGCCAGCAAGAUGUUAGUGUUUUCCUUGUCCAGGCACAUCUUGAGUGAUGCAGGCAGUAUCGAACAAUGGGAAAGCUUGCUUCCCUGCAGACACCAUUCCAUUCUUAGUAUUGUGGCUGUGUACUUUUCGGUUGCUGAUGUAAGAAAAUACAGAGCUUGUGACUGAAGUAGCAGAGAUUUAUUAUGUUAAAAGUAUGUAGAUCGGAUAUUAAAAACGAGUUUCUCUACGCUAGAAUUAAGGUGUCAGUGGGACUGCAUGGAGACUCCAGAGAAUUUUUGCCUGGCUGCUGAGCCUCCAGAGGCCGCCUGUGUUCCUUACCCGUGGUGCUCAAACUCCUCUGACUGCCAGCACUUUCACCUCCCUGAGCCUUCUGUAACUACAGUGUGCUCUGCUUUCGAGGACAUAAAGACAAGACAGGAUGCACAGGUGAACCCAAGCUCAUUGCCUAGCGUUAGCUUUAUAGUGACCUUAAUCAUCCUUCAGGGUUGCUCUUUUCCACUUCAGUUACACCUUCUUGGGAGUGGGGGAGUUGAUACAGUUGCUUACCACAGCCCACAUUGUCUCAGAGAUUCACCUACUAAAUACACUCACCCCAUUCAUCCACAGGUGCUCAGAAAUCUCAGCGUAUCACUUCAACUCACUUACCUGAAUUUCAUUGGUUUCAAAAGUCCCAAAUCUUGUUAAGAUGACCUAAAUUAAGUGGAGAUUCAUCUCUGCCUAUUGUUGAAAUAGGAGCUGUGGGGCUGCGCCCCCGGCACCCAGCCACCCCCACGGCUAUACCCAAAAUAAUUACCCGGAAACUGUAUUCUUUUAAACACCGCUUGGCCCAUUUCUA